GAUUGCAGCAUAGCGAGCAAACGAAUAAAAGUACGAAAACAACUAAUUUGACAAGAAGGGUGUCGAAAAAAGGGAUCGCCCAAUUAGACCGCUGCCGAAGAGCGGGCUGAAUGGUGUGUGUGAAGGAAGGUAAGGUGCGCUCCCGUGCUUUUAUGCGAGCGCCACGACGAAUGUCGCACUGAGGUGACGGGAGCGAGGCUGGAGCGACAGGAUCGUCACUAAGUGCGCACCGUCUCUACUUCCGCGUGGACAGUAUGAGCUGGUUCGAUACAACGGGCAUUGCUAUCCUGGCGAAGAACGCUCUGAAGGAAGCGCAGAAGCAGAUCGACAAGGCACUCGAUAUCAAAGAUGACGAGGAGUCCUCUUCGGCGGCGCCUGCUGGCGAUGGUACCGUCGAAUCGAAGCGGCCCCCUUCACCGAAGGUGAGCAGUAAGGUGGCCCCCGGUACACCGAUGGCCGGUGUCGGUGAGACGGAGAAACAGACAGGCUUAAUGGCGGUCCAGACGCAGUUUUCGCCUCCGUCCACUGAUAGCAUGUGGGGCUCGUUUACCGGUUCCUUUUUUGAGCCGAUGCUGAGUGCAGGCGGCACGAGUGGGGCCGGCAACAAUACCGCUACCGUCACCAAACCACCAGCCAGCUUGAAGCGCAAAAGUUUCGAAGACUCUGGGAGUAGCGAACUGCCGAAGAUGAGUUUUAAGGAGGAAGCGGACCGAGUCCAGCCACAGUUCAUGAGCACCAUUCUUUCGCCCGUGGACAGUUCAGAGUCGAUCGAAGUUCUUAGCUGUGCGACGACACCGGGUUCGGUGUUAACGUCACCCAGCCAGCUGAGCGCCAUGCAGGAGGUGUCCGAGUCGGUGGAGGUAUUGGGAAGCAUGUCAACCGUUUCCACACCAGACUCGAACCAAGCCAACGAUCGCAGCGACUCGUCGGAAACGGACGCGCACGAGGGCCGUCCAAGGUAUACCCUGUCAACGGGAAAGGAAGUUUGGCACGAUGGUGGCAACGACAACCCAAAGGACGGAGUAAACGAAGACGACGAAGUUAGUGUGGAAGAUGAUUCGCUGUCGUACACGCUGUCGGAGCAGCCGGUCACGGUGAUGGAAGCCAGCGGUUCGACACCACCCAUCACGGUUGCUCCCAGCCGCAAUAGUCUACACCUACCCGUGUCGCUGUCUACUGCCGCCGUUGGCACCAUCGUUAAAGACCCAAAGGAUGUGCGGGUAUUUGCGAAUCCGUUCUCCACCCAAAAGCUCACCAUUCCGGAAGUUAGCACCGUAGAAUCGGAGGAAACGAACGACCCCAAAACCGCAUUGGAACCCACAGGACACGAACGAUCGCAACUGGACGAGCCCGAUCAGCUAGAGCUUAGCUACGAAAACGUCGAAAUACAGACGGAAAUAUCUGACUCGACACAAAGCUUUGAAGAAAUCACAACCGGUACCGGUGGUUCAUCCGGCGAUGGUGAGCUGCUGGCGGCCGUCGCUGCCGGUGUUAAUCCAGACCCGAAGAUAACUAGCCUCACCGGCAAGGAUACGAGCGUGGUUUUGCACGGUUCGAGUCCCAACUCGGGUGACGAUGAAAUAGAGACCGCCACGUCGUCGGACAUUGAAAUCAUCUCCAGCCCGAACGGGGGUGAUUCGAGUAGUACCAACAGUGGUGUGUACCGCACGAGCCCUCUCAAAAUUAGUGACGGCAAGACGGACAUCGACAUACUGUUGAUCAAAAAGCAGCGCGGGCACACCCGCGAACCAUCGGAAGUGUCCGUACACAGCGGUAACAGUGACGAGAGCCACCUACCGGAGGUAGAGCGCUUGUUGCGGCGCAUCGUCGACCUGUCGGAGCUGCUGGAGCAGCGCGAGUAUCGGCUAGUGGAGCUUGGGCGCCAGCACGCUGAACUGCACGAGCAGAACGCGCAGCUACUGGCACAGCAGGAGAGUCGGGCGAAGCGGACCGCGGACGGUGGUUCCGAGACCGAUGGCUACACGCAGCGCCUGUUUGCGCUCGAGCGCAAGUUUCAGCAGUCGAUUCGCGAAAAGGAAACGCUAAAGCGACAGUACGAUGCACUCCGUGCCGAAUCGCAGGGCCGGGUGUUGCGAGGCGAGAUGGAGAAAGCCCUGGCUGACCGUGACUUCAUGAUCAGCGAGCUGCAGAAGGAGGGCGAGAGUCUCUCGAAGCAGGUGCUGCAGCACUCGAACAUCAUCAAGCGACUGCGGAUAAAGGAGCGCGAAAAUGAAGUGCAGAUGCGCAAGCAACGUGAAGAAAUCGCCGAACUCACGGAGGAAGCCGAACGGCUGAAACGGUCACUGUCGGCAAAGGAAGAAGUGGAACGUUCGCAGAUCGACGCGGUCCACAAGCUAUCCUCGGAGAAGCGUAAACUAGAGCGGGACUGUGUCACGCUUAAGAGUCAGUUGGACGACCACGUGCAAAAGCUGGAAACACUACGCAAAUCGUUCGAUUUCGCUCGCAAAGAGCUCAGUGAGCAGUCCGAGUCGUACCAGGGGUUGCUGCGUCAAUCAACCAAACUGCAGAGCGUCGAGAAUGAGUACGGGGCGGUGCAGCGACUGAAUGAACAGCUGACGGGCCAGCUGGAAGAGUUACGUGAGCAGCUUCGCCGCUCCGAACACGAUUACGGUCAACGGUUGAUGCGGGCGAAGAAUGAAUAUGCCGCGUUAUUGCAGCGUCUGGAAGCGGCUGAAAUGCGCGCGGAGGAGGAGAAGAAUGCGUCCGCCUUAGUGACGGUGCCGCUAAUGCGCCAGCUCGAGUCGCUACAGCACACCAUGCGCCAAAAGGAGCGCCUGUGGGAGCAACGAGACACGGAGAUCGCCCAGCAGCUGGCGGAAGCCGCCGAUCGGGCCAAAGGCCAUGCGGACCAGGAGGGUACGUUGCGGGAUCAGAUCGCGUCACUACAGGGCCGCAUCGUCAACCUAGAAGAGCGCCUCAAGGCGGCCCUCUCUCACGCCGAAGAAAUGACGAAUGGGUUGCAACAGAAACAACUGGACGCCGGGCUACUCGAGCGCAAUUUCCGGCAACGCCUCGCGGUAACUGAAGAAGAGCGCCGGGUGCUCGUCGAACGGCUCGCCGCACAGGAACGUUGUCACGCCGUCAAGCUGGAGAGCCUGCUGAACAAUCAGCUGCAAGCAGCGAGCCCACUUCCAGACGCCAGUCUGGACAUGCAAGCCGCUCGCCAGGAGCAAACGCAACAACCGCAGCAGCAGCACGGUCAGCCUAGACUCAGCUCCGUAGUGACGCGGGCAAAACCGACCAAAACGGUCGAACCGCUAAAUGACAGUUCCUUGAUGAUGAACGAUUCACGACACUCCGAUUCUUCGCCGACGCCUAGCAUGGGCAACCUGUCCCUCCCUGAAUCGCUGGCCAGCAUUCCGUGGAUCGUGCCAGACGAAGAAGCUGCGGGUGGUGGUCGGGCUGCGGGAGGGGCGGCCGUGCUGCUUAGCAACACAUCGCUGUUGGAAACACUACAAGCUUCACUGAAGCAGCGCGACGGCGAGGUAUACCAGCUACAAUGGGAACUGUCCCGCUUCCACCAGGAACGGAACGUACUAAACACGGAAAUAUCCAAUCUCACGAUGGAGAUAGAAAGUAUUCGCGAGAGCUUUGAGCGGAGCUUACAGCUACAGGCGGAGCACGGCGAGCUGAAAAAGCGUUACGAUGCGCUGCUGCAGAUGUACGGCGAGUCCGUGGAGAAGACGGAGGAGCUGCGGUUGGACUUGGUGGAUGUGAAAGAGAUGUAUAAACUGCAGAUCAACGAUCUGCUGCUCCAGCAGCGGGAACUAAUGGCAUCCAUUAACCGGGCCACCGAGAUUGUGCGUGAAACCAUUCCCGACAGUCGCACCGAUCCGGCCUCCUAGGCCAACGUUUAACGUAAAGGAAUGUUGCGAAGUGAAUGAGAGAUGCGUUUGUAUAUAAUUUGGUAAAUGGCGAAUGUUGAAUGCUUGCUGCUCCCCGCAAAAUCCUAUUGCACUGUUUUCUUUUUUCCUCGAAACGGAGAACUUUAC